UGUACCAUGAUUCUACAAGCUGUAAUCCUGGAGAGAAACUGGGUGAAGGAAACAGAGUUAUCAGUCACUGCUGAGUUAGUGCCUACCUCAUCAUGGAACAUUUCAAGUGAACUCGACAAAGAUUCUUACCUGACCCUUGAUGAACCGAUGAAUAACAUCACCACGUCCCUGGGGCAGACAGCUGAACUGCACUGCAAAGUCUCUGGUAAUCCACCUCCUACCAUCCGCUGGUUCAAAAAUGAUGCACCUGUGGUCCAGGAGCCCCGGAGGAUCUCAUUUCGGGCAACCAACUAUGGCUCUAGACUGCGGAUUAGAAAUCUUGACACCACAGAUACAGGCUACUUCCAGUGCGUGGCAACAAAUGGCAAGAAGGUGGUUUCUACCACGGGAGUCUUGUUCGUCAAGUUUGGCCCCCCUCCCACUGCAAGUCCAGGAUCCUCAGAUGAGUAUGAAGAAGAUGGAUUCUGUCAGCCAUACAGAGGAAUUGCAUGUGCAAGAUUUAUUGGCAACCGCACUGUCUAUAUGGAGUCUUUGCACAUGCAAGGGGAAAUAGAAAAUCAGAUCACAGCUGCCUUCACCAUGAUUGGCACCUCCAGCCACUUAUCUGAUAAGUGCUCUCAGUUUGCCAUUCCUUCCCUGUGCCACUAUGCCUUCCCGUACUGCGACGAAACCUCAUCCAUCCCUAAGCCCCGGGACUUGUGUCGCGAUGAAUGUGAAAUCCUGGAGAACGUCCUGUGUCAAACAGAGUACAUUUUUGCAAGAUCAAAUCCCAUGAUCCUGAUGAGGCUGAAACUACCAAACUGUGAAGAUCUCCCCCAGCCGGAGAGCCCCGAAGCCGCAAACUGCAUCCGGAUUGGAAUUCCCAUGGCGGAUCCCAUAAAUAAAAACCACAAGUGCUAUAACAGCACAGGUGUGGAUUACCGGGGGACCGUCAGCGUGACCAAAUCAGGGCGCCAGUGCCAGCCGUGGAAUUCUCAGUACCCCCACACGCACACCUUCACCGCUCUCCGUUUCCCAGAACUGAACGGAGGCCAUUCCUACUGCCGCAAUCCGGGGAAUCAGAAGGAGGCCCCCUGGUGCUUCACCUUGGAUGAAAACUUUAAAUCUGACCUGUGUGACAUCCCAGCAUGUGAUUCGAAGGGCUCCAAGGAGAAGAAUAAAAUGGAGAUCUUGUACAUACUGGUGCCAAGUGUUGCUAUUCCUCUGGCCAUUGCUUUUCUCUUCUUUUUUAUCUGCGUCUGCCGCAAUAACCAGAAGUCAUCGUCACCGCCAGUCCAGAGGCAACCGAAACAUGUCAGAGGUCAAAAUGUGGAGAUGUCAAUGCUGAACGCAUAUAAACCCAAGAGCAAGGCUAAAGAGCUGCCACUCUCUGCUGUACGUUUUAUGGAAGAAUUGGGGGAAUGUGCCUUUGGAAAGAUCUAUAAGGGCCAUCUCUAUCUCCCAGGCAUGGACCAUGCUCAAUUGGUUGCUAUAAAGACCUUGAAAGACUAUAACAACCCCCAGCAAUGGACAGAAUUUCAACAGGAAGCCUCCCUGAUGGCCGAACUACACCACCCCAAUAUCGUCUGCCUUCUGGGUGCUGUCACUCAGGAACAGCCUGUGUGUAUGCUUUUUGAGUAUAUGAAUCAGGGGGAUCUCCAUGAGUUCCUUAUCAUGCGCUCCCCACAUUCUGAUGUUGGCUGUAGCAGUGACGAAGACGGGACCGUAAAAUCCAGCCUGGAUCAUGGAGAUUUUCUGCACAUAGCAAUUCAGAUUGCAGCCGGCAUGGAGUACCUGUCUAGUCACUUCUUUGUCCAUAAGGACCUUGCAGCUCGCAAUAUUUUAAUCGGAGAGCAACUUCAUGUAAAGAUUUCAGACCUUGGGCUUUCCAGAGAAAUCUACUCUGCCGAUUACUACAGGGUGCAGAGUAAGUCUUUGCUGCCCAUUCGCUGGAUGCCCCCUGAAGCCAUCAUGUAUGGCAAAUUCUCUUCUGAUUCAGAUAUCUGGUCCUUCGGGGUUGUCUUGUGGGAGAUCUUCAGUUUUGGACUGCAACCGUAUUACGGAUUUAGUAACCAGGAAGUGAUCGAAAUGGUAAGGAAACGACAGCUGUUACCAUGCUCCGAAGAUUGCCCGCCCAGAAUGUACAGCCUCAUGACAGAGUGCUGGAAUGAGAUUCCUUCCAGGAGACCAAGAUUUAAAGAUAUCCAUGUCCGGCUUCGGUCCUGGGAGGGACUUUCAAGUCACACCAGCUCCACUACUCCUUCAGGGGGAAAUGCUACCACGCAGACAACCUCCCUUAGCGCCAGCCCAGUGAGUAAUCUCAGUAACCCCAGAUAUCCCAAUUAUAUGUUCCCGAGCCAGGGUAUUACACCACAGGGCCAGAUUGCUGGUUUCAUUGGCCCACCAAUACCUCAGAACCAGCGAUUUAUCCCCAUCAAUGGAUACCCAAUACCUCCUGGCUAUGCGGCAUUUCCAGCUGCCCACUACCAACCGACAGGCCCUCCCAGAGUGAUUCAGCAUUGCCCGCCUCCCAAGAGUCGGUCCCCGAGCAGUGCCAGUGGGUCGACUAGCACUGGUCAUGUGACCAGCUUGCCCUCUUCAGGAUCUAAUCAGGAAGCAAACAUUCCCUUACUACCACACAUGUCGAUUCCAAAUCAUCCCAGUGGAAUGGGUAUCACCGUUUUUGGCAACAAGUCUCAAAAACCCUACAAAAUAGACUCAAAGCAACCGUCUUUGCUAGGAGACUCCAAUAUUCACGGACACACCGAAUCUAUGAUUUCUGCAGAACUGUAAAAUGCAUGACUUUUGUAAAUGUGGUAUACAGGAAAAACUAGAAAGCCGUAGAAAAGAUUUAAAUUCAAAUGUUUUUAUUAAAGUAAGGUUCUCACUUAGCAGACAUUGCAACAAGUAUCUUCUGUGAAGUUUAACUGUGUCUUACCAAGCAGGGCAGACAACCAGCCAGAAAAAGAAAACAUUGUGGGAUUAACACUCCAUCAGGGGUACACGACAUGGCAUUGGGAUUGGUACAUCUGGUUUCACGUACUAAAAACUGCAAACCAGUGAAGAAGAAAAGAAUCUCGUGAUUAAAUAUCAAACCAAAAAGGAAAGUCAAAUGGUGCUUUGUGUAUUUGCCUCCGUUCGCCAUGACUGGUCUCUCCCCAAAAUGUAUAUACCGUAGCAUUUGUCUACCUGCUGUCUUAUCUUCAGGACAAAUGUUCAGGAAUUGUGUUGAUUCAAUUUAGACUCUAUGCAUUCUUGUAUGAAAAUGAUGUUCAGGAUCAAUGAGGAAACUGUAGGCAAAAUUUGAAAUCCCAGAUGGAAACGAGCCAUAAGACAAGUGUAAGAUACCCUGAGGCCAUCUACACAGUGGGGCUUCUUUGGGAAGGUACAGAAUGUGCCUCUUUGUGAAUCUCCUCUGCUGAUCACGAAGGCCUUUUCCACAUUAUCGUUUUCCACAGUGUGUUUACACGAGCCCUUGAAAUAAUAUAGGGCAUCAGACCAUAAGAAGGCUAGACGUGGAUGCUGGAAUUGAUUGUUGGUUGAUAGUUCACUCCAUUGCAUUAGAAAUGAGGAACCAAAGGAAGCACAGUCAGGAAAAUGGUCCCUCGGCCUAGAUCAGCACCCCUGGGAGAGGAACAAGGUUUCCCAUGGGGCAGCCUCACGGGAGCUUCCCUGGAACAAUAGGAUUGAAGAAUAGAGGUAUGGCUGCAGACCAGCACAUUAGUGCUUACAACCUCCUGAAUAUGAAUCUUCCUAGGUGUAGGGGGCCCACCAUCAAUGGACUCUGGGGAAGUAGGAAACUCUAUGACACCAAUACCUAGUUAAAGUUUCUCUCACCUUUAUUUUUUUUCUGAUCUGGAAAUGUUCAUAGAUUUUAUUCCAGCACCAGGAAUUACGACCAUUUAUUCAUAGUAUUAGUUGGAAUCCAAAGACUAUGAAUUCUAUUUUGUAAAACAUUACAGUAUUUUUUUUAAACACAGGUACUGAAUUCUCAUUUCAAAGAUAACCAUGAAUUGAAAUUUUGAAGCUGGUGAAUAGAAGAAACAUAAUCAUUUUUGCCUUAGGAGGGAGGCAUCAAAUGUGCAUUUCAUGCCACUUACCUACUAGCCAUCUUUUGCCAAGUUUAGAAUUCUUAUGGGUUUCAAGUUCUAUAUAGAAAGGAAUGUUAUGUUAGAUUUUUCUCUUGUUAAAAAAUAACUCCUUUAUUCUAAGAACAAUGUCUCAAGGUCUCAUUUUUUUAAUCAUUACUAUUUUACAACUAAAGAGACUUACAAAGAGACUUUACAGGAUAUAAAAUAAUUCCUGGAAAUGAUAUCUGAUGAGGAGAAUGUAAAGCACAUUGAUGUUUCAAUUUUGUAAAAAGAAAAAAAAAUGCAAUUAGGAUGAGAAAUCAAGGAAAUCUGUUUACCAAAUGUGUUGCAAUUUUCCCAAACACUGAAUCUUCAAACAAUGAACAUGGACUUAUCGGUACUGUGAACUCAAAGAAUUGGCUAUAUCCAGUUUUGUUGAAAGAUAAAUUAAGAAAUAUUUUUGUGGCAUAAGUAAGCUGGUUCAAGAGCUACAUUUCUUAACUUUAGGUCGAGGAGAAUAUUUGGAUCCUUUUGUUGCUAUGCAACUGUUUAAUGAUGAAGAUUCAAACCACAAUUUUGUAUAUCAUACGACAAUCAAUGGUUUUCCAAGGAUAUUUAUUAUUUUAAGUAAACAUGAUUUCAGUGAAUCUGAGUUUUUCUAGGAGUCCCUUAAAGGGAAAUUAGCAUUCCGUGAGCCAGUAAAAUACGUACUCUGGAAAAACAUUACUAUGGUAAAAAGUAAAUUCAAGUUAGUUUUUUAUAAAGAACUAUAACAUUUAUUUUAAACAUUUUAUAAUUACUGAAGUCAUUAAGGUGAGCAAACCAAAUUUCAAAACCACUUGUAAUAAUGUAUUUUGUGAUAGCACUGUGAUACUACAUAACACAGUCCCUUUUGUAUUAAAAUGGUAUUUUUUUCACAAACUGAAAAAUGUCCUUCGCUUUGUUGACAAUGUUUUGUAAGAUGACUUUAUUUUCAGAUCUUUUUCUUUUUUUUCCUUAUUUUUUCCUUUUUUUUUUUUUUUUUUUUUUUGCACAAAACUAUGUUUAUGGUUUGUAUCACAGAAGUGAAAAUAUAUCUCUGCAUUUUUAUAUCCGGUCUGUUUCUUUGUUUCCUUUGUUUGUUUCUUUUUAACUCGAUAUAGAUUUCCUUCAAAUAUAUCAUGGCGAUAUUCAGAUAUCUUGCCCUCCCAUAUCUUUUCUUAUUUUCACUGCAUGCAUUUAAUCACUGUAUUACUUAAUGUUUGAUCUGUUAUUAUGGGCAUUUCAAGUAGACAAGCAUGGAUGUAAUGACAAAAAGGCUAUUUUAUAUUGAGGAUAUGUGCAUUUGUAUUUCACACACCAGCGAUGAUAUUAAACACUGAUUACUUUAUGCUGCUGUUUAUUAAAAAUGUUUACCAUAUAAUAUUAUUUCCUGAAUAUUGCUAUCCUGGAGGUAUUUGGGGAUUUUAAUAUUAUUUCUCUAAUUAUUGACAUUUCAUAGAAAAAGGAAUCAUAAUUCUUAUUUACUAUAAUUCCUAUUUCAUUGAAAUGAUUUUUUUUUUUUAAGUAGGCUUUUAAAAUAGAUUUGGGCAUUCUUUUGCCACUGACCACAGGUGGAAAGGAAAAGAUCCCAAUGAUUUCAUGACCAUAUACUAUCCAACUAUAUAUGGCAAGCUUUUAGUUUUUAAAAUCAAAAUAAUAUAUUGAAUAAUUACUUUACAACCAAAUGGAAUGUAAAAAUUGGUUUUCAAAGUUGCAUCCUUUUCUGCCUUGUUUCCGUGUGAACUUAGACAUCAAAAAUCAUGUCUUCAAACUCUGAAGAAGAAAGAGCUGUGUACAUCUUAUCAUGUUCAACUUAGAUUCCAAUCAUACUGAUAAAAUAAAAAGAAA